AUGGCCAGGAAGAGUUUCUGUGAUCCCAAGCCUCUGCUGGACUUAGACACGAAGGGGAGGAGGUUGUCUACACAGAGCAGUGACGCCAUGACUGUUGCCUUUCAUGAAGAUGAAAAUGGGAUUGUGGAAGAGCCUGUUGUUUUCUACCCCCGCGGACUGCAGCAUCUCCACAGCCUACAGGCACUUGUUCCCAGCUUGCUGCAACGUGAAAUAGCGACGGCACUGGAGAAAUUAGGCCUCAUAUCAGACCGGACAUAUGCCUGGGAAAUGUUCCUGGAAAUGGUGAGAAGUCAGGCACAGUACCGUUUCCCAAACGCUGACCUCCCGCUGCACUUCACUGAUGCCACUCGAGCCAUCCUGGUCAACUGGAUCAUUCAAGUUCAUGAAAUGAUGAACUUUCAAGAAGACACCCUUUAUCUGGCUAUACACCUUCUAAACCUGUCUUUGCGACUGAUCAAAGUAACGACAACAAACCUUCAGCUCCUUGGAAUGGUUUGCUUAUUUCUGGCAGCCAAGAAGGAAGAGAGCCUUCUCCCUGAGGUGUCUUUCCUCUGCUAUCUGAUGGACAACACCUACACUAAACAGCAGCUGCUGCGAAUGGAGCGCAAAGUCCUCUGUGGACUCAAAUUCAAUCUUUCACACUGCGCUCCUUCGCAUUUCCUCAGUCUUCUUGCUGCUGUUGCUCGCUGUAGUGCCAUGGUGCUGUCGAUGGCUCGCUAUCUGCUGGAGCUGUCCCUCCUGGAGGGCCAGUGCGUCACGUUUUCACCAUUGGAGCUGGCUGGAGCCUCCCUCUGCUUGGCCCGCCUGGUCCUCCAGGAGCCUUCGACACCAGAGGGGGACGCUGCCUGGUGUCUGGUCUCCAGCAUCCAUUUUGGCAGUGAGGCGACGCUCCGGAAGAUCAUGAAUAUUCUUGCGAGUGUUGCGGCUAAGGCGGACAUCCAAGAGCCCAAUGCUACUUUUGUUAAAUUCUCAUCUUUGGCAACCAUGCAUGUCAGCAGACAUCCAGGCCUGAUUGAUGCCUCCAGCCUCCUGUUGGAAUGCACUUGACAUACCUGAUCCAAACCAGUUUAGAUUGAUAGAGAUGCCAGACCUCGAACAAGGACUUGACUGUCAUGAAAGCCUUUAUCCAAGGCAGU